AUCAGCCGGCGCAUCUUCAGAACUUCUGGAAACGCCCGUGUGAGAGCUACUGAUUUGGGAAAAUCUCGUUUGCUCUACAUAUGGUCUAUUUUUGUGUUAAUACUCACAACCUCUUCAAAUGCAGACGCAUUAAUUUCUUCCAGCAUGUGGCGUGGUUCAUCCACCGCGAUCAGCCGGCGCAUCUUCAAGCUCCUCAACGACCAGGGCAACCGGGAAUUCGAGAAUUCUUUGACCUACACCGCUUUUUCGCACUGGUUUGAUUACAACGAGCUUCCAGGCAGCGCGAGCUGGUGCAAGACGCAAGCGCAGGAAGAACGUGGGCACGCUUUGAAAAUUCUUGAACACUUGUCGUCACGUCGGAUUGAGGACGACGUGACGGGCUCGGAAUGGGAAACACAGGAAGCCGAGCGGCUGCAAAACGUGCGAGGCACGAACAGCAAUGGUGACGUACCAACGGAAUCCAGUGAAGCAUCCGAACGCGAGCCCGACCUCGGCAAGCUGCGAAGCGAGGCAGCCCCCCAGAAGAGCAAGACCUUUCACUGGGAACAGGUUCCCAACAUUGUGUUGGACGUGAAGGGCCCCUUUACCACCACAUUUUCCGACCCGAUUGCAAUUUGGCGCAAAGCCCUCGAGCAGGAACGUUACAACUCCCGAAAAAUCUUUCAAAUCAUGGCCGCUGCGCGUGAAACGCAGGACUAUGUGACGGAGAGCCUCCUGAUGUCAUACUACAUCCCCGAACAGUUGGGAGAAGAAAAAGCCGUGGAGGAGGUGCUGUCCAAUACGCUUUUGGUUAUGAAGCGCGGGCCAGAAUUUUACUACGAGCUCGACCGGUCAUUGCCAUCCAAGCCGCACUAGGAGAGAACGUGGACGGAGAAAGGGGGUCCAGCAAAAUGCGAAGAGUAGAGACAAAAAGAGGUGGGGAGGGGUGCGUGGGGAGAUAAGAAGGUAGUUAUGCGAAGGCCAUGAGGUAAAGAGGCAAGGGAAUAAGGUGUAGUCUA